AUGGAAAGAGCCCAAGAACCCAAAAUUACCAAGGUAGCCUCCUUAAAAGCCCAGCCCAACAAAUACGGCCUCAAAAAGCCUACAAAACUUCAUAUCAAGUUAGGGUUUCUCUUCUUUGUAAGGCGGAAUCAUUUGCAGUUUGCGGCAUCCACUCCUUUAGUCUCCCUCCAGAGCUCCUCUCUCCGCCGCCCGAAAAUGGUUAACGUUCCGAAGACCAAGAAGACUUACUGCAAGUCUAAGGAGUGCAAAAAGCACACCUUGCACAAGGUUACACAGUACAAGAAGGGCAAGGACAGUCUUGCAGCUCAGGGAAAGCGUCGUUAUGACCGCAAGCAAUCAGGUUAUGGUGGACAGACUAAGCCAGUCUUUCACAAGAAGGCUAAAACCACCAAGAAGAUUGUGCUGAGGCUUCAAUGUCAGGGAUGUAAGCAUGUCUCUCAGCACCCAAUCAAGAGGUGCAAGCAUUUCGAGAUUGGUGGGGAUAAGAAGGGAAAGGGAACAUCUCUUUUCUAG